UUUAUAAUUAUUUCUACUUAGCGUAGCGUGGCUCCCUUUUUAAGAAUUAGGGUUUUAGUCCAUCUCAUCACUUUGGAGGAAGCUCUACUUCGACUCUCAGAGGAAUUCUGCAAGGCAUCAUCUUAGAAGCCAGAAUGCAGGCUUGUAGUGGAACUGCUGCUAUGGGUUCUCUGCAACAGCCCAUUUGGAUUAAGGGGUCAAGUUUUGCUCCAAAUGGGUCUACUGUCAAUGGGUUCCCUCACCAAAUUAAACUGAACUCGGUUAAGCCAUGUAGAUCUUAUAUCAAAGGAAGCUUGGUUACUGGGAAGCCACCUUCCUCUGUGUCUGUCACUGUGCCUGGAAAUGGAGGUAGUGGAGUCAAUUUUAUUGACCAUGGCCUGAAUGAAGCUGAUCCUGAAGUGUGUGCAAUUAUUUACAAGGAAAAGCAACGGCAAAUGAAAAGCUUAGAACUUAUUGCCUCAGAGAAUUUCACAUCCCGGGCAGUGAUGGAAGCUGUUGGUUCUUGCCUCACAAACAAAUAUUCUGAGGGAUUGCCUGGUAAAAGGUAUUAUGGUGGUAAUGAGUUCAUUGAUGAGCUGGAAACUCUGUGUCAGAAGAGGGCUUUGGCAGCAUUCCACUUAGAUGGAAAGAAGUGGGGUGUCAAUGUUCAACCAUUGUCUGGUUCUCCAGCUAACUUUGAAGUAUACACUGCCCUUCUUAAUCCACAUGACAGAAUCAUGGGCUUGGACUUACCUCAUGGGGGCCACUUGUCUCAUGGUUUCAUGACUCCUAAAAGACGGGUAUCAGGCACAUCAAUUUAUUUUGAGUCUAUGCCUUAUCGACUUGAUGAAUCUACAGGUCUUGUUGAUUAUGACAUGCUUGAGAAAACAGCUAAUCUUUUUCGACCAAAACUCAUUAUUGCUGGUGCUAGUGCUUAUCCUCGAGAUUUUGAUUAUCCUCGUAUGAGGAAGAUUGCAGAUGGUGUUGGUGCUUUUCUCAUGAUGGAUAUGGCUCACAUUAGUGGACUUGUUGCUGCUUCUGUGGUUGCUGACCCCUUUGAGUAUUGUGAUAUUGUGACAACAACAACACACAAGUCUCUUAGAGGUCCUAGAGGUGGCAUGAUCUUCUUCAAGAAAGAUUCUGUUCUGGGAGUUGACUUGGAAUCUGCCAUCAACAAUGCUGUUUUUCCAGGUUUACAGGGUGGUCCUCAUAACCACACAAUCGGGGGACUUUCAGUCUGCUUAAAGCAUGCCCAAUCCCCAGAAUUCAAGGCUUACCAGAACCAGGUAGUGUCAAACUGUAGAGCUCUUGCUGGCCGGUUAAUCGAAUUGGGAUAUAACCUGGUUUCCGGGGGAAGUGAUAACCACCUUAUUCUUGUGGAUCUUAGGCCAUUGGGUAUUGAUGGGGCUCGGGCGGAGAAGAUUCUUGACAUGGCUUCUAUCACCCUCAACAAGAAUUCAGUGCCUGGCGACAAGAGUGCCCUGGUGCCUGGUGGCAUUCGCAUCGGAUCACCUGCUAUGACCACCAGGGGAUUCUCCGAGAAGGAAUUCAUAGCAACUGCAGAUUUCAUUCACGAGGGCGUGCAGCUAUCUCUUGAAGCAAAAAAAUCGGUUUCAGGAUCAAAGCUCCUAGACUUCAUGAAGUUUGUAACAUCCCCAGAUUUCCCUUUGAUAGACCGGGUGUCGGAUUUGCAGAGGAGAGUCGAAACUCUCACAACCCAGUUCCCAAUGCCUGGAUUAUAAACGGCACAAACUCACAAAGAAGUAGUGCUUAAUUUGAGAGGACCAAAGUUUCAAAGUUGAUAUUUGGCAUAAUGCGGAAGACUGCUGAGAUUUUUGCAUGCUACUUUGUUGUAUUAUCAUAACUUGGUACUUUCACUGAUAUUGCUGAUAAAGGAAGAGACGGUGGAAGCCAGCCAUGUCUAUUAAUUUCUUUUCCCCUUGUCAUAAGCACUUGUAUGGUGGAUGGACAUGGAAUAGUUUUCUGAAUGCCAAAAGGGUUUUUACUUC